AUGGGAAAAAGAGGGACACUGCCGGACAAAGCUGCUGCUGCCGGAGGAGUGAGAACGCCUGUCACCUCUCAGGAGACUUUCAUAACCACUAAGCCAGUUGCCUCUAUAGAGACUGCUAUAACCACUAAGCCAGUUGCCUCUAAAGAAACUGCUAUAACCUUUAAGCCAGUUAUCUCUAAUGAGAUUACUGUAACCACUAAGCCAGUUGCCUCUAUAGAGACUGCUAUUAUUACUAAGCCAGUUGCCUAUAAAGAGACUACUGUAACCACUAAGCCAGUUGCCUCUAAAGAAACUGCUAUAACCUUUAAGCCAGUUAUCUCUAAUGAAAUUACUGUAACCACUAAGCCAGUUGCCUCUAUAGAGACUGCUAUUAUCACUAAGCCAUUUGUCUAUAAAGAGACUACUGUAACCACUAAGCCAGUUUCCUCUAAAGAAACUGCUAUAACCUUUAAACCAGAGACUGCUGUAACCAUCAAGCCAGUUGCCUCUAAAGAGACUGCUGUAACCAUUAAGACAGUUGCCUCUAAAGAGACUGCUGUAACCAUUAAGCCAGUUGCCUCUAAAGAGACUGCUGUAACCAUCAAGCCAGUUGCCUCUAAAGAGACUGCUGUAACCAUUAAGACAGUUGCCUCUAAAGAGACUGCUGUAACCAUUAAGACAGUUGCCUCUAAAGAGACUGCUGUAACCAUUAAGCCAGUUGCCUCUAAAGAGACUGCUGUAACCAUUAACCCAGUAGCCUCUAAUGAGACUUCUGUAACCAUUAAGUCAGUUGCUUCUAAAGAAACUGCUGUAACCAUUAAGCCAGUUGCCUCUAAAGAGACUGCUGUAACCAUUAACCCAGUUGCCUCUAAGGAGACUGCUAUAACCAUUAAGCCAGUUCCCACUUGUGAGACUUUUGUAAGCAGCAAACUUGUUCCCCCAUAUGAGUUAAGUCUGAGACCAAGAAAUCUCAGCUCCAGCACCAGAAUGUCUCUUAUCACAUCCGUGCUGAUCUGCUUUGCUGCAUCAAUUUUGGCCUUCCCUGCCAAGCAAAAAGAAGACCUGGAACUUGCAAAGAAUGUUAAAACCUCUGAAGCAUCUGCUGCCACUGGAAGGAUCAUCAGGCCUGUUCCAAAACCAUUUGUCUAUCUGAAGAAAAAAAUUGAAAUGGAUCCAGAUAUUACAUUAAACCAAACUAAACGUGAUGCUGUCCAGGAGUCACAAAUACGUGUAUGGAAAAACACCAACCUAACAUACAGAAUUGUAAACUUCACGCCUGACCUUCCUAAAGCUGAUGUGGUUUCUGCCAUCAAAAGAGCUUUCAAAAUCUGGAGCGAUGUGACCCCAUUGACCUUCAAAAGGGUCCCCAAAGGAAUAAGUGAUAUUGAAAUAGAAUUUGUCACUGGAGAUCACAAGGACAACUCCCCAUUUAAUGACACUGAUGAGCAGUUGGCCCAUGCGUUUGGACCCGGUCCUGAUAUUGGUGGGAACAUCCAUAUAAACGAUGCUAAUAACUUUACUACAACUAACCAGCGAUACAACUUGUUUCUGAUGGUUGCUCAUGAAAUUGGACAUUCCCUUGGUUUAAGCCAUUCUGGUACUUACGGAGAUCUAAUGUACGGAGAAUACCAGAACACUGAUGCCUCAGACUUCCUUCUUCCACAAAACGACAUAAACGCAAUACAGCUUCUCUAUGGUCCUUCUCCAGAGCGUACAGUUCAGCUGACCGGUCCGACAACCCCAUCUAUUUGUGAUAACAACACUGUGAUUGAUGCUGUCACUACUCUUCGCCAGGAUCUCUUUUACUUCACACAGAGAUUUGUGUUACGAAAAGUUUCUGAAAUGGAACAAGUGGAACUAGAAUUCAUCCAGACCUUUUGGCCGUUCCUUCCGAAUGAUGUUGAUGCCGCCUAUGAAAACCCUUAUAUGGAUAGUGUUAUUGUUUUCAAAGGAACCAAAUUCUGGAGUUUUUCUGAGUUAAAUGUUCAAAAGGAAGGCAGUAUCUAUGAAUUUGGGUUCCCCAAGAGCGUCAAGUCAAUUCACGCAGCGGCCUAUGUUCAAGACAAGGACAAAACUUACUUCUUUGUGAAUGAUAAGUACUGGAGAUAUGAUGAAGAUACCCAGGUUAUGGAUAAAGGAUUCCCCAGGAAUAUAGAAGAUGAUUUCCCAGGAAUUCAACCAAGAAUCAAUGGCGCAGUGUUCUACAAAGGUGGAUUGCACUUGUUUAAAGACCAUCUGCAAUAUGAGUUCUGUCUGGAUACAAGGAGAAUUAAGCAGGUUACAAGUAUUACCAGCUGGAUGGGAUGCAAAUGAAAAUGAAAGGCCUUCAUAUAAAUCACUG